GUCUUGUUUACAAACUCAGCUAACGGUUUUAUCGUGAUUCGGUAAAAAUUAACGCAGCUUAAAAUUAAAUUCGAAGGGCAUCGAUCAGUACAGUAAAAUGCCCGUUCUGAACGUCAUGUUAGCAUUCAGUGCAAUCCUGUGGCCUGUCACGUCGGGGGGUUUGAUAAUGUACGAUACCAAGUCUUUUUUAUUUGAAGUGAUGGAAAACGACGCAAUAUGGGCUGAAAUCCUCAACGUCGAAAUAAAUAUAGAGACGUCCAUCUUGUCUAUAGCCGCUCGAUCGGUGCUUAGGGAAAUGGGAAUCACUACGCCAGAUAACCAUGAGCAGGUUUCACAACCGGAGAUGAAUAGUAAUGAAGUUGUAAAUGUUCAAAGUAUGAUGAUCAGCAAAGGUGCAAACGUUGAAGCGGAUUACACAAAGCCCAAGACCAAGAAAAUCGUGACUGCCAACGCCUUGCACGUACUCGUUCACAUCGUUGCAAUGCAUUACCAAGAAAGCAACGCGCUGGAAUUCGGGCUGUCAGUGAUUGUAUCUGCUAUCAAAUGCCAAUUCCUACAGAUAAUUUCAAUAAUGUUGCGAGUAAUUAAUGAAACACAAAUUAAGGAAUAUAACGUUCCUGAUUAUUUAGUCGUCUGGAAUAACUUGGAGCUAUAUUUGGACAAAAUAGCUCGACUUAAAGAUUCGAUGGCAUUUGAAGGUGCAAUGUACCAAGAAUGGCAAACCGUCGUGGCAAAUACUGAUUUCAUUGGUAUCGAAUCUCAGCCGAUUUUGGGUGACGUAAAACCCAUCAUGAACCUCGUGGAACAGAGUUUAUUAUCUUCGUGUGAAAGUAAAUCAUUAACAAAUCAGCGUCUUGAACAUGUAAAUAUAAACCCGGAAACCGAUAGCUGGAGAAAUGUCAAAGGAUUGCAUUCUAUAUUUGAAAACGCUGAUAACGCGCUAGAAAAAUUGUCCCGACGCAUACCAGUCAGUACCAUGGAGAAAAAUCUCUGGGACUUAUAUGUCAAUAUAGUAAAAAUAGUUAAAUAUCGUGUUCCUAGAACUUUUGCAAGAGUAAGCGAUUAGUAAUGUUAAUUAUAUUAUAAUUAUAUUUUAUACCUAUUUUGUACGGAAUUUUUUUAAUUUCUACAAUACCUUUUAACUCCAUAUCUCAAUGUUGUAUUACAAUAUAAAUUUUUAUAUUGUAUAUAACUUGUAUAAUUUAAAAAAUACGUACGUUAAUCACCUCUCAGACCAAAGAAAACAACUAAUUCAAUGGGAUUGUUUUGUCACAACACAUCUCGUAUUAGAAUAGUGUUAGUAAAUAUCUCAAUUAUUGUUGGUUGGACGUUGGAAAAGUAGGA